UGCUGCUGCCGCUGCCUGUGUCUGGUUGCCCCCGCUGCUACUGCCCCUGUGUGUCCUGCGUGGAUUUGCAUACCCUGAUUUCCGUGGGACUGGGAAGCGAGGAAGAGGAGGGCGCUGCGCCUUUCAGGAACCGAAGUGGUGGGGGAGGAAGAGCCGCAAACAGCCCCACUAACUUCACGGAGUCAUUAACAACUUUGCGGCGGCUGGGAACUACUUUUCCUCACCCCGGCGGCUUCCCUCUUUUUGGAUUCUUGUUUGUUUGUUUGUCUCUACCGGGAGGGGGGAAGGAAGGACGGGAAACGGGCCGAGUUGAACCCGGGUUUGAAGGGCUGUGGCCAUGGCCGGGGGAGGAGGAGGAGGCGGCGGAGGGGUUUCUCCGCUGGGGCCCGCUCCGCCGAUGUGGUACCACCGGGACCUGAGCCGAGCCGCGGCCGAGGAGCUGCUGGCCCGGGCGGGGAGGGACGGCAGCUUUCUGGUGCGGGACAGCGAGAGUGUCAGCGGGGCUUACGCCCUGUGUGUGCUGUUUCAGAAGCACGUCCACACCUACAGGAUCCUGCCCGAUGAUGAGGGCUUUCUGGCCGUGCAGACGUCCCAGGGCGUUCAGCCCAAGCGGUUUAAGACGCUGCCGGAGCUGGUGUCUCUGUACCUGCAGCCCAACCAGGGCCUGGUCACGACCCUGCUGUACGCUGUGGAAAGGGAGGAGACGGCGCUCACUGAUGACAGGGACUAUUCAGACGGAGAGGAUGAGAAGCCGCCCCUCCCCCCUCGCUCUGCCUCCACCUCCACUCCCCCCGGACCUGAAACGCCUACAGAAAGCACUCCGGCAGCCAACGGCCUGAGCACCAUCUCCCACGAGUACCUGAAGGGCAGCUACGCCCUGGACCUGGAGGCCGUCAAACAGGGAGCGUCCUCCCUGCCUCAUCUCAACAAGACGCUGGUGGCCUCCUGUAAACGUCUCAACGGGGAGGUGGAUAAGGUUCUGUCUGGUCUGGAGAUCCUCUCUAAAGUGUUUGAUCAGCAGAGUGCUUUCAUGGUCUCUAAGAUGAUCCAACAGUCGGUGAAUCAGGGAGGAGACCAGGAGCUGGAGAACUUGGUGACCAAGCUGGCUAUUCUCAAAGACCUGCUGUCCUCCAUUGAGAAGAAGGCUCUGAAAGCGCUACAGGACAUGAGUUUGUCCUCAGCGGGCUCCCCUCCGCCUUUCUCGAUGCGCCACAGCAAAGCCAUUCCUGUGCAGGCCUUUGAGGUGAAGCUGGACGUUUACCUGGCAGAGCUGACAAAGAUAGGAAAGAGCCAGAAAUACACGUUGUCCGUGGACGUCGAGGGAGGGAGGCUGGUCGUGAUGAAGAAGGUGAAGGACAAUCAGGAGGACUGGACCACCUUUACGCACGACAAAAUACGUCAGCUGAUCAAGUCCCAGAGGGUCCAGAACAAACUGGGCAUUGUCUUUGAGAAGGAGAAGGACAAGAGUCAGAGGAAAGACUUCAUCUUUGCCAGUGCCAAGAAGCGGGAGGCAUUCUGCCAGCUGCUGCAGCUGAUGAAGAACAAACAUUCCAACCAGGACGAGCCCGACAUGAUUUCCAUCUUCAUAGGCACCUGGAACAUGGGCUCAGUCCCUUCGCCUAAGUCGGUGGCUUCCUGGGUGCUGUGCCGCGGCCUGGGGAAGACGCUGGACGAGAUGACCGUGGCCAUCCCCUAUGACCUUUACGUGUUCGGAACGCAGGAGAACUCUGUGUGCGACCGGGAGUGGGUGGAGUCGCUGCGAGCCGUGCUGAAGGAGCAGACGGAGCUGGAUUAUAAACCGAUCGCCGUGCAGACGCUGUGGAGCAUAAAACUUGCCGUGUUGGUGAAACCUGAGCACGAAAACAGGAUCAGCCAUGUGGGGAUGUCCAGUGUCAAGACAGGGAUCGCCAAUACUCUGGGUAACAAAGGAGCUGUUGGCGUUUCAUUCAUGUUCAACGGGACGUCGUUUGGAUUCGUAAACUGUCAUCUGACAUCAGGGAACGAGAAGAUUGCCAGGAGGAACCAGAACUACCUUGAUAUCCUGCGGCUGCUGUCUUUAGGAGACAAACAGCUGAGCUCCUUUGACAUCUCGCUGCGCUUCACGCACCUCUUCUGGCUCGGAGACCUCAACUACAGGCUGGACAUGGACAUCCAGGAAAUCUUAAAUUACAUUAACAGGAAGGAAUUUGAGCCUCUGCUGAAGGUGGACCAGCUCAACCUGGAGAGGGAGAAGAAUAAAGUGUUUUUACGCUUUGCCGAGGAAGAGAUCUCGUUCCCCCCCACCUACCGCUACGAGCGAGGCUCCAGGGACACGUACGUGUGGCAGAAACAGAAAGCGACGGGGAUGAGGACGAACGUGCCAUCGUGGUGUGACCGGAUCCUCUGGAAGUCAUACCCAGAAACGCACAUUGUGUGCAACUCCUACGGCUGUACAGAUGAUAUUGUGACCAGCGACCAUUCCCCUGUGUUUGCUACGUUUGAAGUCGGAGUGACGUCUCAGUUUGUCUCCAAGAAAGGUCUACCAAAGUCUUCAGAGCAGGCCUACAUCGAGUUCGAGAGCAUCGAGGCCAUCGUGAAGACGGCGAGCCGGACUAAGUUCUUCAUUGAGUUCUACUCCACUUGUCUGGAAGAGUUCAAGAAGAGCUACGAGAACGACAGCCAGAGCAGCGACAACGUGAACUUCCUGCGCGUGGGCUGGUCCAACAAGCAGCUCACCACCCUCAAACCUCUGCUGUCGGAGAUCGAGUACCUGCAGGACCAGCAUCUGCUGCUGACCGUCAAGUCCGUGGAUGGCUACGAGUCCUACGGAGAGUGUGUGUUGGCGCUUAAGUCAAUGAUCGGCAGCACGGCCCAGCAGUUCCACACCUACCUGUCGCACCGAGGAGAAGAAACGGGAAACAUCCGCGGCUCCAUGAGGGUCAGGGUCCCGGCCGAGCGGAUGGGCACCAGGGAGCGUCUCUAUGAGUGGAUCAGCGUGGACCAGGACGAGACGGGCGGACCCAAAGGGAAAUCCACCAUGGUGUCCCGCGUGGGACACGAGUACGUGAAACAGUCUGUGGUUCGCAAACAGGUCGGAGAGCUGGGAAAGGUCAGCGAGGAGGGAGAGAAAAGCUGCAAGGAGGAAACUGCUGCGAGACCCAAACAGGACACGCCGGACGGAGAGUCGUCUGUCGGCAAAAACAGCUUCAACAACCCCGCCUACUACAUCCUGGAGGGCGUCCCCCACCCGUCCGCUCUUCCUCCUGAGCUCCUGCCGUCUCCUACCUCUCCGACCACGCCGACCGCCAAAGCCCCGCCUCGAACCAAGCCUCCCCCUGCCGCCUCCGGGCCCGCUCACCCCCGCAGGACUGUGGCCCGGGGGGUCAGCGAGGAGAGCUCCUCGGAGGACGACGGAGCUGGCGCUCUGGCAGCGGCUCAGGGAGGAGGCGCGGCGGGAGCGCUGGGAAACACGCUGAACCGCCCCCCUCCUGACUUCCCGCCUCCUCCUCUCCCCAAAGGAGCCCUGGAGACCGUCGCAGAGGCCCCGUUCAGCAAGCCCCGCUCCCUUUACCCGGACCUGGCUGAGGUCAGGAUCCCGCCGGCCGGUCCUGGUGGGGGCCUCGCCCUCGGAGAGGGUUUGAGGCGCGGGGGGGCGGGCGCCCUGGACGAUCAGUCGUGCUCUGUGCUGCAGAUGGCAAAGACUCUGAGCGAGAGCGAGUUCCCCGGACAGCCGCCCCGCGCUCCCUCCGCACCGCCACCCGGCCGAGGGACCCCGAUCGGUAUCCUGGACGCAUGCCGCACCUUCCCACCUAGGAACCCCAUCCCAGAGAGCAUCGCGGAGGACAUGUCAGAGGAGGCACUGUGGGGCAGCAGCAGCUCGUCUCUGUCUGUGGGCGAGUCGUCGGUGGGGGAGUGGCUGCAGAGACUGGGCCUGGAGAGAUACGAGCAGGGCCUGCUGCACAACGGCUGGGACGAUCUGGAGUUCCUCAGUGACAUCACAGAAGAGGACCUGGAGGAGGCUGGAGUGCUGGAUCCGGCCCACAAGCAGAUGCUGCUGGAGAGCCUCAGACAGCAGCAGCAGCAGCAGCAGCAGAAAUAAACUGCAGCAAACUGGUCUUUGACCUGUCUGAGCCGGCGCGGGGCCACACCGGCUCCCAAAAAGCCCGGAUCUCCGCUGAACCAACCCGACCCGACUCAAGCUGGAACCUGCUAACUGGUGCCAGGCAGUGCCUUCUCAGAGAAAAUUGCACUCCAUUUGUACUUUCAAGAACACUUGCUGACCCGACGUCCUCUUUCAUUUGUACUGUAUGUGUGUUGUUGUUGUUGUUGUUGUUGUUGUUAGAGAUGUGGCCUUAUUUAAUCGUUUCAGUCCUUCGAGCAUCACUACAGAACCCCUUGCUGUAAAUGCAAUAAGAACGUUAUUUUUUACACGGUCAUAUAGGUAGAUCUGAUGCUUGGGGGGGGGCGGUGCAGUCUGUGCUGUGACGUCAGAUCUGACCUGUAGCUUAGAGACAUUAAAGCCGAUUUCCUUUUUUUUUUUUUUUUUUUUUUUUUUUUUUUUUUUUUUUAAACCCCCCUGGGAGUUGGAUUCUGGACGAGGAUCCAUUAAAAGUGGGCAGAUUUGAGACUUUCAAAGUCUUAUUUUUUGGGAAAUCGGAGCUUUAGAGGAGCUGCUUGUUGGCUCUGUGAUUGGGGCGAACAGGAUGUAGCGACAAAUGAAGCUAGCUUUUUCAAUCUCAAACGAUCUGAGCUUUCUUUGUUUUGUCAGAUCUUGUAUUUUUUGUAUUCAUGUCUGUGCCACGGUUGAUUUGAUUCACAUCGGUGUCUCUGCAUGUAUUUAUAAUUAUACGUUUAAUUCUUAUUAUUAUAAAGGGAAUUCUCAGCUACAUUUGGAGCUGGAACUGUGCAUUUAUCUCCCCCACUGUUCUUGCACAACUGAUACUGACAUUUUGAAAUGGUGGGAAAAGCUUAUUACGAUGUUUACCCCCAGACUUGACAGAGUUGAUGUGCAAGUACCGAACAUUUUCUGUAUAACUGGGGAAGGAAGGCUAUAAAGUUCCACGCGCACACACACACACACACACACUCGAGGUCAUCGAAUGCUGCACCAAGGUCUGGUGAGACUGAAUAUUACAUCUUUUUAAGCCGCUAAAUUUAAAAUUUCUGAGCCUGUGUCCGUGUAGCUUGUGUGUCACAUUUUUACUCGUUUCAUUUCAUCUGUCUCAAAUGCCACAGCGUUCAGGGAAUUGGUUGACAUGGCGUCGGAGAUUUGCAAGUUCAGAUUUCAGAAGCCAUCGCAAUGUCGUUUUUUUGUCGUACCAUGAUUAGAUAUAGAGCUGAUUUUAUGUUUUUUGUUGUCAUAACUUCGAGACGUUUCUGUAUUUUAGGGCCAUUUUCUUGCGCGCAUUGCUGGGUUUGGGUUUGUAUCCCAAGUUAACCAGCAGGUGGUGCUGUUUCCCCAACGCUGGGCCCUGAUUAUGGCAACACGGAAAGUUUUUAACUCUUCAGCCAGCGGUUUGCCCAUGAUUUCCUUUUAAGUGAUGCUUUAUACAAUUAUAUUUAUAGGAUCACACUAAAGUAUUUACGGUCUUAUUAUCACCUUGCAAUGAAAAAAAGGUUGGAAUGGAAAACUCUAACUGAGCGUUCAGACAUAGAAAUUGAAUCUGAAUCGGACCUUUUCUUUGGGGGGGGGGAAUGAUUUCCAGUUUUGUUUUAUUUUUUAUUUUUCUCCCCAGUUUUCUUUGUACCCCAAACAGCCAAACCCCAACAUAUGUCAUUUAAACGUGUCAAAUCCUUCCAGUGUUCUCAGUUAUGUGAGAGUUUAUAUUUGUCUGUGUGGAAUAGAAACUCACCUGUGUUAUUGUUCGCCUCCUGCACUCCAUUCGGGUUUUUUUAUGUAGACCUGUCCAUUGGUUGUAUUAAUUUAAUGUAAAUUGUUCACCUUAUUGUUUUAUUUUAUUUUAUUUUUCAAUUAAAAUCUAAUAUUUCUCCUUA